CUCUCUGCUCUGUCACCGCAUUACCGCCGCAGGCUGCUGUAGUUGGCAGUGAUAGCAGCAGUGGUAGCAGGGCCCUCCCUCUGUCUCUGCAGAUAAAUACUCGCAGCCUGUCUAUUCCCAGGCAUGGAUGACGGUUGUACUCAGACAUGGCUCUGCGACAUUAUACUCUCGACUUCAAGCUCUCUACGGCAGUUGACUCUGCUACGACAGUCCCUCACCUACUGUCCAUAUUUCAUGAGCAGGAAAUGACCGAGACUGUCCAUGAAACAAAUGGACAUGGAUACCUCGGAACUUUUGUAGGCAAGAAUGGCCGGCUUGCUAUCCUGCGUGUGCACUCCCGCGGGCUGGUCACCAUUGAUCUUCAGUGUUAUGAAGAGGAUAACAUUGCACAACUAGACAAUCUUUUAAAUGCACUGGAAACGAAGCUAAAGCUGAUCUUAAAUGGCAAUAUUACACGGAUUAAAAGGCUGCCGGCCCUCGUACGGGGAGCAGAAGUUGACCGAUACUGGCCCUCCACUGACGACAGACUGUUGGAGUACGACAUGGACCAACUGGUGUAUGAAGAAGACUCUCCAUACCAAAACAUAAAGAUAUUGCACUCACAGCAGUAUGGGAAUGUCCUGAUACUCGAUGAUGACAUAAACUUGGCAGAGAGCGAUUUGACCUAUACCAAGGCCAUUAUGGGGAAUGGAAGAGAGAGCUAUACUGGAAAAGAGGUGCUGAUAUUAGGAGGCGGUGAUGGAGGCAUCCUUUUUGAGAUGGUCAAACAAAAGCCAAAGAUGAUCACUAUGUUGGAUAUUGACCAGAAGGUGAUAGACGCGUGCAAAAAGUACAUGAGACGAACUUGUGGCAAUAUCCUCGACAGCCUGGAGGGAGACUGUUACCAAAUACUAGUGGAGGAUUGUGUCCCUGUGCUGAGGAAGUACGUGCAGGAAGGAAAGACGUUUGAUUACGUUAUUAAUGACCUAACUGCAAUUCCGAUAUCCACAGAGCCAGAAGAAGACUCUACAUGGGAGUUCCUGCGUCUCAUCUUAGAUCUUUCAAUAAAAGUCUUGCAUCCCUCGGGGAAAUAUUUCACACAGGGUAACGCUCAGACCAUGACGGAGGCACUGCGUCUGUAUGAAGAACAGCUGAAGAAGCUCUCGUGUCCUGUGGGGUUCUCUAAAGAGGUGGUGUGUGUGCCCUCCUACUUGGAGCAAUGGGUUUUCUACUCUGUAUGGAAGAAGUAAAGACCACCAAGUUGUUCUGCUUGAAUCCCCAUCAGCUGGAAUGUGAACGCUCCUCCCAUUUCUGCUGUAGCCUUAAAGAUGUGUUCAGACUGAACGUGACAUUAAACAUUAGAGGCAGGUGAGGUUAGGUGGGCCUUUAAGAAAAAAAAGAAAAGAGCUGACCUGGAGAAACAAAACAUAAAUAACUGGAUACACACACACACACACACACACACACACGUGGCAGUGUAUGCCUGAGGUGUGUGUGCCUCCUAACUCACUAUAUAUGUACUUUUUUUCUUUCAAAACGCUCCAUCAUUUAAGUCAGUGUACAUUAUCGAAGAUGACAUUCAGUCUGAGCACAUCUCAAGGGGCACACACACAGUUUUAUUUUCCCGCUUUUAUUCUUCCCUGAUCUUCCUUCACUUUCUUCCUGUUUUAGUUUUGUCUUACCAUGGUUUGCUACAACUUCUCAGUUGUAUUUCGUUUGUGUUACUCGGAAUGUCCAUCUGCAUGUACUCUGAAGAAAACGCUUAGAUGUGUAAACAUUGAUUUGAUACGCACACAAUGCGGUGUAGCUCAUCGCACAACAGGCGCGUGUUCUCUUGUUUUCAGAGGUUCUCUACACUUGAGUCAUUAGCUCAUCGUGAUCGGCCGAUGUAUAGGCUUAGCACAGUUAAACUGAGACGCUUUUAAGCUCUGUGUUUUUUUUUGUUACUGCCUCUUGAAUGUGAUUUGAUUCUUUCAGAUUGUAUCAAAGCAAUGUGAUCAUGCCCAGUGAGACUGACGUGUUUAAAGUCCAAAUGUGUUUUAAAAGGGAAACUAUUCCACCACUUUAAUGCCACCUUUGUGCUUGUGCUGUUUUUAUGUCAUGUUCUAUUAGCACCUUUUGGGUUUCUACAAUAUAUAUUAAGGUUUUUUUUUUUUAAUGCUGUAUUAGGUGCAUGUAAAGGACAGUGAAUGUAGCUUGCAUAUACAGUACACAGCGCGUUUACACGUGAUCAACCCUGUGGGACUCGGUUACAUUUAUUUAUUCAAUAUAAUUUCACCAAAUGCUGUUCUGUCCCACUUGAGUUACUUUCUGUGACCUCUACAAUUAAAUGUGUUUUAGGGGGAAA